AUGCCGGGGUCUGUGGUCCUUGCCUUUAACACGGCCCUGGCGGAGGAGCCGGGAGGAGGGGUGUGGCACGCGAGGCGCAUGCGCUGCGUGGGCUGGAGCCGCCGGACCGUCCGGCCGCCGGGAGCGCGCAGGACCCCCGGGCACCCAGAGAGCCGGACCCCGCGGCGGCGCUGUGAGCGGCGGGCGGACCGGACCCGCAGCCUGCCGGCGCCGCUGCCCCCGGCCCCGCUGCCCACCCCGGCCCGGGAGGGCGGCCAAGAUGUCCGUGCCGGCGAGCUUGGGCAGCCUCCAGGCCGAAGCUUCACACUCAGGCCAGCGCAUCUGGAAGCAUCUGCCCCCCCCCUCCCCAACGUGCUGGCCAAAGCCCUCUAUGACAACGUGGCCGAGUCCCCAGAUGAGCUCUCCUUCCGCAAGGGUGAUAUCAUGACGGUGCUGGAGCGGGACACACAGGGCCUGGACGGCUGGUGGCUCUGCUCGCUGCAUGGGCGCCAAGGCAUCGUGCCCGGGAACCGCCUCAAGAUCCUGGUGGGCAUGCACGACAAGAAGCCUGCAGGGCCUGGCCCCGGCCCACCUGCCCCUUUGACCCCGCCCCAGCCUGGCCUCCACAACCCGGCUGCCCAGUACACGCCAAUGCUGCCUGUCACUUACCCCCCGCAGUCUGACAGUAUCUACCUGGUGCCCACCCCCAGCAAGACCCAACAGGGGCUCUACCAAGCCCCUGGGCCCAGUCCACAGUUCCAGUCUCCCCCAGCCAAGCAGACAUCCACAUUCUCAAAGCAGAUGCCCCAUCACCCAUUCCCCAGCCCAGCCCCAGACCUUUAUCAGGUGCCUCCAGGGCCUGGCACCUCCACCCAGGACAUUUACCAGGUGCCACCUUCUGCUGGGAUGGGGCUUGACAUCUACCAGGUUCCUCCAUCCAUGGAUGCACGCAGCUGGGAGGGGACAAAGCCACCGCCAAAGGUGGUGGUGCCCACCCGCGUGGGGCAGGGCUACGUGUUCGAGGCCUCCCAGCCAGAGCAGGACGAGUACGACAUCCCGCGCCACCUGCUGGGCCCGGGGCCCCAGGACAUCUACGACGUGCCCCCUGUUCGAGGGCUUCCCAGCCAGUACAGCCAGGAGGUAUAUGACACACCUCCCAUGGCUGUCAAGGGUCCCAAUGGCUGGGACCCAUCGCUGGACGUGUACGACGUGCCCCCCAGUGUGGAGAAGAGCCUGCCGCCAUCCAGCCACCACGCGGUGUAUGAUGUUCCUCCAUCCGUGAGCAAGGACGUCCCUGAUGGCCCACUACUGCGUGAAGAAACCUAUGACGUGCCCCCUGCCUUCGCCAAGGCCAAGCCCUUUGACCCAACCCGCCACCCACUGGUCCUCGCUGCACCGCCCCCAGACUCAUCACCCGCUGAGGAUGUGUACGACGUGCCACCCCCUGCUCCUGACAUCUACGACGUGCCCCCUGGCUUGCGGCGGCCUGGCCCCAGCACCCUCUACGACGUGCCCCGUGAGCGGGUUCUUCCUCCUGAGGUGGCUGAUAGCAGCGCGGCCGACGAUGGUGUGUACGUGGUGCCCCCCUCCGCCGAGCGAGAGGCCCCAGCUGAUGCCAAGCGCCUGUCUGCCUCCAGCACAGGCAGCACUCGCAGCAGCCAGUCGGCCUCCUCCCUGGAGGCACCGGUGCCGGGCCGCGAGCCCCUGGAGCUGGAGGUGGCUGUGGAGGCCCUGACCCGGCUACAGCAGGGUGUGAGCGCCACCGUCACCCACCUCUUGGACGUGGCAAGCAGUGCUGGCCGGUGUGGGGGCUGGCGCAGCACCACGGAGCCUCAGGAGCCCCCAGCACAGGACCUGCGGGCUGCUGUGGCCGCUGUCCAGGGGGCCGUCCAUGAGCUGCUGGAGUUUGCCCGCAGCGCCGUGGGCAACUCUGCCCACACUUCUGACCGCACACUGAAUGCCAAGCUUAGCCGGCAACUGCAGAAGAUGGAGGACGUAUACCAGACAUUGGUGGCCCAUGGUCAGACCUUUGACAGUAGCCGAGGAGGCCCUGGGGCCACUUCUGAAGACCUGGACCGCCUGGUGGCCUGCUCACGGGCUGUGCCCGAGGAUGCCAAGCAGCUGGCCUCCUUCUUGCAUGGCAAUGCCUCGCUGCUCUUCAGACGGACCAAGGCCCCUGUCUCAGGGCCCGAGGGGGGCGGCUCCCUGCAUCCCAUCCCCACUGACAAGGCCAGCAGUAUCCAGUCCCGGCCCCUGCCCUCACCCCCCAAGUUCACCUCCCAGGACUCACCAGAUGGGCAGUACGAGAACAGUGAGGGUGGCUGGAUGGAAGAUUACGACUAUGUCCACCUGCAGGGGAAGGAAGAGUUUGAGAAGACUCAGAAGGAGCUGCUGGAAAAGGGCAACAUCAUGCGGCAGGGGAAGGGCCAGCUGGAGCUGCAGCAGCUGAAGCAGUUUGAGCGGCUGGAGCAGGAGGUGUCCCGGCCCAUCAACCACGACCUGACCAACUGGACGUCGGCCCAGUCCCUGGCCCCAGGGCGGACAGGCAGCCUGGGGCCCUCGGACCGGCAGCUGCUGCUCUUCUACCUGGAGCAGUGCGAGGCAAACCUGACCACGCUCACCAACGCGGUGGACGCCUUCUUCACCGCCGUGGCCACCAACCAGCCGCCCAAGAUCUUUGUGGCACACAGCAAGUUUGUCAUCCUCAGCGCCCAUAAGCUGGUGUUCAUCGGGGACACGCUGUCGCGGCAGGCCAAGGCAGCUGACGUCCGCAGCCAGGUGACUCACUACAGCAACCUACUGUGCGACCUCCUGCGUGGCAUCGUGGCCACCACCAAAGCUGCUGCCCUGCAGUACCCAUCGCCCACCGCCGCCCAGGACAUGGUGGACAGGGUCAAGGAGCUGGGCCAUAGCACUCAGCAGUUCCGCCGGGUCCUGGGCCAGCUGGCAGCUGCCUGAGGACAGUGACCUGAGGGAUGGAGGGUGGGGGAAGAGGGCAGAGAUGGUCCAAGCUGCCCUGGGCACCACCCCGAGUGUCUCAGUGCUGCAGGCCUGGGGACAGGCAUCCCCAGCUUCCCCAGGCCUGGUGCCCCAGCCUGUCAGGGAUUUGUACAUAUUUGUGACAGGGCAGGGUGUGGGCUCAGGAGCCCAAGCAGAGCUAGGCCCCCAGAGCCCGGGCCAGGGGGCAGGCUGGGGUCUUCCCUGAGGGCACUGCAGGCCUGGGGAGGUCCCAGCUCUGGGCAGCCAGGCCACAGCGUGCAGGCCCCUUGGCCCACACGGCCUUGGUGACCCCUGGGGGCUGACCUCAGCCCCAUGAGGGUGCUAUGUCCCCCCCAGGGGUCAGUGCCACUGAGAUGUGCUCCUCAGAACCAAGAGAAACCCCUAAAAAACUAUUUUUCAUUAUUGAUUUUCCAAUCAUUUGACUAACAGUCUACAUUUAAAUAAAAUUUAAAAGUGAAAA